CCUCUCCCUGCGAGUUUGCAUAAAUUUGUCGCCCCUGCACCCCGCAUACAGACGAGUAUCACUGGAGUAAACAAUGAAGAAGGGAAUACUAGAACGCUUGGAUGCUGGUGAAGUGGUCAUUGGUGAUGGAGGUUAUGUGAUGCAACUCGAAAGGCGGGGUUACGUGAAAGCUGGCCACUGGACCCCAGAGGCAGCCGUUGAGCACCCCGACGCAGUGAGACAGCUUCACAAGGAGUUCCUGAGGGCUGGGGCUGAUGUUCUGGAGACUUUUACCUUUUACUCCAGCGAUGAUAAACUGGAGAUAAGCGGCAAUGUCACCAGUAUCACGGGGGAACAAAUUAAUGAAGCUGCCUGUGAUCUGGCCAGGGAAGUGGCCAAUGAGGGGAAUGCGCUGGUUGCAGGUUCAGUGUCCCAAACUCCGUGCUAUGCUAACAGUCGCAAUGAGGAAGAGGUGAAGGCUAUCUUCAAGAAGCAGCUGGAUUUUUUCAUGAAGAAGGAUGUAGAUUUUCUGAUUGCAGAGUUUUUUUCGUAUGUCGAGGAAGCGGUGUGGGCGGUGCAGGUACUGAAGACUUCUGGGAUGCCUGUAGCCGCCACACUGUGCAUCUCUCCAGAGGGCGACUUGAAUGGAGUCAGCCCUGGAGACUGUGCCGUCAGGCUGGUCAAAGCUGGUGCGCAAAUCAUUGGGAUCAACUGCCAUCUGGAUCCUCUGACUUGUGUAAGAACAGUGAAGCUAAUGAAGAAGGGACUGGAAGACGCCCAUCUUAAAGCUCAUUUGAUGGUCCAGCCCUUGGGCUUCCAUACUCCAGAAUGCAACCACGAAGGCUAUCUCAGCCUCCCAGAGUUCCCUUUUGCCCUGGAGUGCAGAGCAAUGACACGUUGGGACAUGCAGAAAUAUGCCAGAGAGGCCUACAACGCCGGCAUACGCUACAUUGGAGGAUGCUGUGGUUUUGAACCCUACCACAUCCGAGCUUUGGCUGAAGAGUUGGCACCAGAGAGGGGUUUCUUACCUCCCGCCUCUCAGAAGCAUGGUCUUUGGGGAAGUGCACUGGCAACGCACUUCAAGCCCUGUGUCAGAGCAAAGUCCAAGCGUGAAUACUGGGAAAACCUUCGACCGGCGUCAGGGCGACCCUUGUGCCCUUCUAUGGCAACGCCUGAGGAUUGACCGCAGAUACAGAACGCACAGAGCACUUCGUCUUCGUCUGUUUUCCAGAUACCUGUCUCUUUCCAUACAAGUAACUGAAACAUUUUAGAGAAAUUAAAAGAUCAUCUAACAAUUGAUCAAAUGAUCCCACUGCAUUUAUUUUAUUUUUUUGUUUUUUUGUAGUCAUUGGUUGCUUCAGUAAUGCCAGUGCAGUUGUUUGUCUGUUUAUUGUUUUUGAGGCACGUCCUUUAUAUGCAUGGGAGGUGUUGCAUUUUUAGCCACAUAUUAUUUCUGAGAAAAUAUCUUGUGAUUUUGGAUUUGAAUUUUGUCUUGGAAAUAAAGCUUGCCCUGUAUGUGU